AUGUUUCAAUGGUUCUUUGGUAAACAGUUGACCCCACAGGAAAGGUUAAGAAAGAACCUCAGGUCCUUACAACGUACACAACGGGAACUAGAUAGAGAAAUACUCAAAUUACAACAACAGGUGAAAGUUUUGCAAACCAACACUAAACGGUCCAUACAGAAUAAUCAAAUGAAUGCGGCUAGGAUUCAGGCUAAGGACUUGGUUCGGUCAAAUAACUAUAUAACACGGUUUCAGAACGUGAAGUUGCAACUACAGGCUAUCGAACUUCGGAUACAGACUAUCAAAAGUAACGAUUCUAUGAUCAAGUCUAUGGUUGAUGCCUCGAGGGUCUUAAAUCAGAUGAAUCAAGGUGUUAACUUGCCUAAUUUGAAUAGGAUCAUAAUGGAUUUUGAAAGACAGAACGAUAUAAUGGACCAAAAACAAGAGAUUAUUGAUGAAACGAUGGAUGACAUGAAUUAUGUAGGUGAAGAUGAUACUGAUUUGUUGGAGAAUGAGGAUCAACAAGCAAAUGAAAUUAUUGAAAAGAUCAUGGACGAAAUCGGUGUCGAUAUUUCUGCAAAGAUGAAUAAAUCCAUGGUUCCGAAUAAUGAUAUAAUAAAUCAAAACGAUGAAGCACAGUUAAAGAAUGAUAUUAGCAUUGCAACGAAGAAUAAGUAUACCAUGUCAUCACAGCAAGGGGAAACUCUGAUGUCAACUGGAGAAAUGGAUAAUGAAGAUGAAUUGUUACAACAAAGAUUAAAUUCUUUAAAAAAAUAA